AUGACCAAGACCAUUGCUGUCGUCGGAGUUACGGGGAAUCAGGGCUCAUCGGUCGCUCGUGUGUUUCUCAAUGAACCGGGAUGGAAAGUCCGCGGCAUCACUCGCGACCCUUCCAAAUCAUCUGCUACGAAGAUGUCAUCUCAGGGCGUUGAAGUUCUCGCUGGCGAUCUCGACGAUCUGGAAUCACUGAAGAAGGCAUUCCAAGGCGCAAAUGUAAUCUUCGGAACCACAGACUUCUGGGGCCACAUGAGCGAUCCAGCAACACACAAGCUCGCGGCCGAGCAAAAGCGUACACCAAAUGAAGUGGCUUUUGACCGGGAAGUCUCUCAAGCAAAGAACAUCAUCGACGCAGCUGCAGCUACGGUUGAUACGGUGGACCGGUUCGUCUUGUCCACGCUGUCUGACACCAGAAGAUGGAGCAACGGAGCCUUGAUGCAGAAUUAUCAUUUCGAUGCAAAGGCGGAGGCGGUUUAUUACCUCAAGGCAACCUACCCGAAGCUGAUGGAGAAGACGAGCCCACUGAUGUUGGGCUACUAUGCCAACAACUGGAAGUCAUUCAGCGGGGCGCCGAAGAAGCAGGAGGAUGGGUCAUUUGUCGUCAGCCUGCCGAUAGGUGGGGACAGUAAGAUACCCAUGACCGAUGCGGCCGCAGACACUGGUCAUUUCACAAAAGGACUUGUUGAGCUGCCCCCUGGAAAGAUCCUUUGCGGCGCGGGCUCGUACAUAUCGUUCAAUGAGUGGUGUGCAAUGUUUGCCAAGGUCAACAACGUAAAGUGCGUAUUCGAGACGAUUCCUCGAAAGAAGUUGGAGGAUGCAAUGGGACCAGUGUUUGGGCCAGAGGUCGGCGAUAUGUUUGAGUACUUCGACAAGUUCGGCUUCAACGGAGGUGAUCCCGAUGUAGUAUUCCCAUGGGACCUGGACAUCAGUGUGAAACGCACCACGAUGGAGGAGUACAUGAAAGCCGAGGACUGGAGCUCGGUGUUGUAA